GGUUCUGGUGAUUGGUACGCAAAGCUCCAGAGUGUCGCCGCCUCCCCCGGCUUACGCACUUCCGCCGUCGUGACGUAACUUCUGGCCGUCUAUAUGCGGCUGUGUGCGGUGCUGAGAACCAGAACCUCUGGAAAGAUGUAAGCGGUUCGCGGAGCUCGGCCCAGCCUCGUCAACUCGUCACCACAGCCGGAACCUCCAGGACAAGCGAAGCGGUCCCUCCGAAGGCCCGUUCGAGCGGCCAAGACAGGGCAGUCAGGCUCGCCCACCGCCGAGCAGCAGGAGGAGCAGCGGAGCGUCUGGGCUAUAGCAGCCAUCUUUAGCGACACAAUGUCCCGGGCGACGCGGCGGGCCUGGUCGGUGUCCGGCCCCGGAGGCCGGAGCCUGGCACUGCUGCUGCUGGUGCUCGCCGGGCUGCCCGGAGACUCCGCGGCAAAGGAGUGCGAUAAGACAUGCGUGAACGGCCAGUGCAACGCGGCUACGGGUAGCUGCGUGUGCUCCCCCGGCUGGGUCGGGGAUCAGUGCCAGCACUGCGGAGGACGCUUCAGGCUAACGGCACCCUCUGGCUUCUUGUCGGAUGGACCUGGGAACUACAAGUACAAGACCAAGUGCACGUGGCUCAUCGAGGGACAGGCUAAUUCCAUCCUUCGACUACGCUUCAACCACUUUGCCACAGAGUGCAGCUGGGACCACCUUUAUGUCUACGACGGCGACUCCAUCUACGCCCCCCUGCUGGCUGCCUUCAGCGGCCUGAUCAUUCCUGAGCGCUACGGGAACGAAACGGUGCCCGAGGUGGUGUCGCAGUCUGGUUACGCUUUGCUGCACUUCUUUAGCGACGCCGCCUACAACCUGACUGGAUUCAACAUCUCAUACAGGGUGAACACGUGUCCUCACAACUGUUCCGACCGUGGAGAGUGCCGCCUGUCCAACGACACGGGAACGCCAUACUGUGACUGCCAGGAAAAGUGGAAAGGGGACGCCUGUGACGUUCCCUCCUGCCCGGACGAUUGCGGAUACCCCGAGAGAGGACGAUGCCGGGACAAGACGUGCAUAUGUGGGAUUGGAUGGCAAGGUCCGGACUGCUCCGUCUCCAUCCCAGCCGACUCGGCCUUCUGGAGCCGAGAGGCAUUCAGCGAUCCCGGCCUGGCCAGGGCAUCCCACAAGGCAGUGGUGGACCAGGACAUCAUGUGGGUCAUCGGAGGCUACGUCUUCAACGCCUCCGACUACCACAUGGUCAAAGCGUAUAACCUAAGCAGCAAAUCCUGGCUGACCCUUGACCCCUCUGUCAACACUGUCACACCUCGAUAUGGACACUCUUUGGCUCUUCAUGAAGGUAAAGUCUACAUGUACGGAGGGAAAAUCGACUCCACGGGAAACGUGUCCAGUCAGCUGUGGGUCUUCCACAUCCAGAACCAAACGUGGGUUCUGCUGAGCCCCCACAGCAAGGAGCAGUACGCCGUGGUGGGACACUCGGCCCACGUGGUGCCCCCCCUGCAGGAGGGGGACGCCCCCGUCAUGCUGGUGCUGUUUGGCCACUGUUCUCUGUACGGGUACAUGAGCCUGGUGCAAGAGUACAACAUUAACAAGAACACGUGGAGUGUGGUGUCCACGGAAGGCGCUCUGAUCCAGGGGGGUUACGGCCACAGCAGCGUGUUGGAGGCAUCCACCAGAGCCAUCUACAUCCACGGGGGCUACAAGGCCUUCAGCGCCAACAAGUACGGCCUGGCGGGAGACCUCUACAAGCUGGAUGUGGACACCAGGAAGUGGACCAUCCUGAGGGACAGUGGCUUCUUCCGCUACCUUCACACAGCCGUUAUGGUGAGCGGCGCCAUGCUGGUGUUUGGCGGGAACACUCACAAUGACACGUCCAUGAGUCAUGGUGCCAAGUGCUUCUCCUCUGACUUUCUGGCCUACAGCCUGGCAUGUGAUGAAUGGACGCUGCUGCCGCGGCCCGAACUUUACCAUGACGUCAACCGCUUCGGACACUCGGCGGUUGUCAGUGACAGUGUGAUGUACGUGUUCGGAGGGUUCAACAGUCUCCUCCUCAGCGACGUCCUUGCGUACACGUCUCCCCGCUGCGCCGCCUUCUCCAGCCCCGCCUCCUGCAGCCAGGCCACGCCCGGCAUCCAUUGUGUAUGGAACAGCACGCUAGCUUCCUGUUUGCCGUGGGAGGGCAACGCCGCCUCCAUCUCCGCCGUGGACCAGCAGCAGCUGGCGUCGAGCUGCAACAGCAGAUCUUAUGCGGAUAACGAGCGCUGUGACCAGUACAGCGACUGCUACAGCUGCACCGCCAACACCAACGGCUGCCAGUGGUGCUCCAUCCAGUGCGUCUCGCUGGGCAGUAACUGCACCUCCACCUCGGGUCCCAUCGUGGACUACGAUGCCUGUCCCAAGGACAGCCCCUCGUCCGUGUGCAACAAGAAGACCAGCUGCAAGAGCUGCGCCGUGGACCAGAACUGCCAGUGGGAGCCGCGCAACCAGGAGUGUAUCUCGCUGCCAGACAACGUUUGCGGCGAGAGCUGGCACCUGGUGGGCAACUCCUGCCUGAAGUUCAUCACAGCCAAGGACUCGUACGACAACGCCAAGCUGGCCUGCCGCAGCCACAACGCUGUGCUGGCCUCGCUCACAACGCAGAAGAAGGUGGACUUUGUCCUCAAGGAGCUGCAGAUCAUGAGUGUGGUGUACAAGGCUUCCGUGACUCCCUGGGUGGGCCUCAGGAAGAUCAACGUGUCUUACUGGUGCUGGGAAGACAUGUCCCCAUUCACCAACACGUCCCUCCAGUGGCUUCCCGGCGAGCCCAGUGAUGCCGGCUUCUGCGGCUACCUGGCUGAGCCCGCCUCCAGCGGCCUGAAGGCACAGACGUGCAUCAGCCCAGUCAAUGGCAGCCUGUGUGAGCGUCCAGCCAACCACAGCGCCAAGCAGUGCCGGACGCCGUGCGCCAUGCGCGCCACCUGCAGCGAGUGCACCAGCAGCAGCUCGGAGUGCAUGUGGUGCAGCAACAUGAAACAGUGCGUGGACUCCAACGCCUACGUGGCCUCCUUCCCCUUUGGCCAAUGCAUGGAGUGGUACACCAUGAGCACCUGUCCACCUGAGAACUGUUCGGGCUACAGGACGUGCGGCCAGUGUUUGGACCAACCAGGUUGUGGCUGGUGCACGGACUCCAGCAACACGGGCAAAGGUCAGUGCAUCGAGGGCUCAUACCGUGGUCCCUUCCAGACCUCUGUCCCGGCGCCGUCCACAUUGCCCGGCCUGCCCGCCGACCCCCCGCCGGCUCUCAACGCCAGCAUGUGUCCGGUCGAGGCCCGCUAUAACUGGUCUUUCAUCCACUGUCCAGCUUGUCAGUGCAACGGCCACAGCCGCUGCGUCAACGAGAGCGUGUGUGAGAAGUGCGAGGACCUCACCACGGGCCGCCACUGCGAGAGCUGCAUUUCCGGUUUCUAUGGCGACCCCACAAACGGCGGAAGCUGCCAGCCCUGCAAGUGUAACGGCCACGCCAGCAUGUGCAACCCCAACAAUGGCAAAUGUUUCUGCACCACCAAAGGCAUCAAAGGAGACCGCUGCCACCUGUGUGAAGUGGAGAAUCGUUACCAAGGCAACCCCCUCAAAGGCACCUGCUACUACACUCUGCUCAUCGACUACCAGUUCACCUUCAGUCUGUCGCAGGAGGACGACCGCUACUACACCGCCAUCAACUUUGUGGCCACGCCUGAGGAGCCAAACCGAGAUUUAGACAUGUUCAUAAACGCGUCCAAGAACUUCAACCUGAACAUCACCUGGGCCACCAGCUUCACGGCGGGGACGCAGACCGGCGAGGAGAUCCCCAUCGUGUCGCGCAGCAACAUCAAGGAGUUCAAAGACAGCUUCUCCAACGAGAACUUUGACUUCCGGAACAGCCCCAACAUCACCUUCUUUGUCUACGUCAGCAACUUCACCUGGCCCAUCAAGAUUCAAAUCGCCUUCUCCCAGCACAGUAACUUCAUGGACCUGGUCCAGUUCUUUGUCACCUUCUUCAGAUCUUGGCGACUUAAAUUGCCAACAGCGACAAAACUGGCAAAUCUUCCGGUUCUUCAGGAAGAUUUUCUUGCCUGCGUCAAGCACAGCGCUGGUAGCAUGCACGAGUACUGAAGCACCAGAAAUUGGGCCUCUUGGCAGUUUUCCAACAUAACGAGCACAAACACCCCCCCUUGAGAUGACAAGUGUUAUUGCAGAGGAAGAUGAAGGUGAUGGAGUGGCCAAGUAUAUCUCCUCCACACCUGAACCCAAUUGAGUACGUGUGGGGCAUCCUCAAGUGGAAGGAAGCUGGAGGAGCACAAGGUGUCUUACCAUCCACCAGUGAUGUCAUGUGGGGGAAUGGGAGAGGAUUCCAGGAAUAACCUGCCCAAUUCCUGAUCUGCUCAAUUCCAUGGCUAAGAGGAUUAAGGCAGUGAUAUGAAAUGUUCACCCCAAUGACACAAUUUGGACAUGUUCACUGUGAGGCGCACUCACUUGAUUUGCCAGCUGUUGAUAAGAUGUGACUUGUUUUCAUUGGAUGGUAUGUCUACACUGACUACUCUGAUGUACCUCCACGUUUGCGUUCUGUAGUAUUGCCCCUCGACAUGAUAUACUGUCAUCAACACGAAAGCUUCCCAACCAAGGGGAUCAUGCUGUGCUUCACAUUGUCAUUUUUUCCCCCUCAGUGAAACACAGUUCACUCCAGUGCCAGCAGCACUCGUGCACGCUAGUACCGCCAUGUCAGACUGUAGACCAGGGGUCGGGAACCUUUUUGGCUAAGAGAGCCAUGAAGGCCAGAUAUUUUAAAAUGUGUAUCUGUGAGAGCCAUAUACAUUUUUUUAAACAUUGAAUGCAAUAAAAUGUGUGCAUUUUUAUGUAAGACCAACAGUUUUAGAUAUAAUGGGCUCUAAUUACGUAGACCAGGCACACUACCCCACGCCAAUGGGGUGUGGCCAGCAUACUUUCGUGAGCAGCGCAGUGUCCAAUAAUAAAUCAAAUACUUGCUGCCAUUAAUGCAACUUCUGCUGCUGCAUGGUUUUGAACCGUAUUCAGUACACGUAUUUCAUUCUUUUGGCCAUCUUCACCAGAAGGCUUGGUUCUGCAGCUUUAGCUAUUUGACUAAAGGAGGAAAGUUUACAUUUACAUGUUUUUUUGACAUCUCAAUGACCGAGGUAGACUACCGCAUUACCCAGUAAUAAUCAAGUUUUGGGGUUUGACCUGGAAAAUAUCAUCAGGAAAGAUGGAUAUGGUCGGCCGUAUUGCAGUAGAAAAUAGAUGGACGAAUUAAAAUGCAUAAGAAAGUUUUGAUUUUUAAUAUUAUUUUUAACAGUCAUUUCUGUGAUGUUUACUUUAAAAUGUUAGCAAAAAUACAUUUUUAUUGUGGUAAGAAACGCUUGAGAGCCAGAUAGUGUCAUCAAAAGAGCCCUACCUGGCUCCCGAGCCAUAGGUUCCCUACAUCUGCUGUAGACACUUGUCUACAUCAUCUAAACACAUGAUGGCUGUGUUGACUAAUUUCUGGUGAAUUGUUGAUCAUACUGCUCCACAAGCCUUAGCCUGACGCUAAAGUAUGCAAGUUGGCUUUCUACAAUAUUGCCCCUGACAAGAUAGAAUAAAAGGCUUGCUGAAAUAAUAUUCAUAUCGGAUCUGGAAGACACAUUUUCUGUAAAUGUCAAGCGAGUGGGUGUAAAUAAACUGUCAAUUAACGGUGUAAUUGGCCAAUUAGGUGCAUCGCUGAAUUGAAUUAGUGCCAGAGUCAUUGUUGUCACAAAGUCAACAGCUGGUGGUGGUGGGGGGGUGGUGCCACGGUAUCGAGCAGCAAGCCAUCAGUUGGUCGCCAUGGUGAUGAGCCUGACUGACAACCACUGUCGCUGAAGCCAAGUGCGUAAGCCGCCUCCCAAAACCUGGGCGUGGGUUGGCUCUGCGGGUCAUGUGUCAAGAACAGACCUGGGCGUGUGCGGCCAUGAUGGAUCUCUUGGCUGUGUGCCAUCCGUACAGGAACCGCUCUAAUGUGUUAUUGAUUUUAAAAAAUGACUGAGAAAGAUUUACUGCAGAGCUGUGUCCACAGCACGCUUGCCUGCGCCCCACACUAGUGACCCUUUGGCCACUUCAUUAGGUACACCAUCUAUUUUUUUAUAAAGGUGGAUCAUUAUGCUCCGUUUUGAUGUUUAAGAUCCAUUGUCAGAUUGUCAAGUCAUUUUCAUGGCUGGAUUGACGUCUCUGUCACCCCGUGUUGCGGUAAGGCCUGAUGUUCCAGAAAAUUCCACCUCCCCUGAGAGUAAAACUUCUCAACACAGUUGCGGUGCACUGCGGCUGCUGUGUUGUUUUUGUUUUUUUUAAACACAUUCUGCUGGGAGCCUCUUUGCGACGCGGAUGCUUGCCGUGUAUUUUUAGCAUGCCAGCGGUCCCCGGUGGGAAGCCGAGCGCCGGUUGUUUAGCACACCUGUGAGUGUCUCUCCAAACAGUUUGACGAGGCCCAACAGUUGAACUGACAAGUUGUGCGUGAACAUACAUGCUGGACACGGGAGAGUUUAGUUUAGUUGUGAUGCUAACAGUUUAUCACAAGGGCUGUUGGUUGCUGAGUGGAAAAGAAAAUCUAAUCAGCCCUUGUAUUUAUGUAUUUAUUUGUCAAUCAGCUACAGAUGCGGGACCUUUAUUUUGUUCAUUUUGGUUUUAUUCAGCAAAUAGCAAAUAGCCUAGCAUGAUUAAAUCUAACUACAACGUUAGCGCUUCAGCGCACGCAGCUCUGCUCGUGCUGAUGUUGAUUUGAAGUUAUGACAGACUUUAGGGGUUUAUAUUUCCAAAAAUGUUUUGAAAUUGAAUUCCAAAUUGAACGACCUGACGUUGGAGGUUCUAACUGUGUUUAUUGACAAGCCGGCUGAGUUUGUUAUCCUCUGAGCUAUUCCAACGCCGCCAGCGUAUGUAUGUUGUUUUGUGUGAUGCCUUCAAGUUCAGACAUUUUGUGUGGCUGACUUCACAAUAUUAAUAUAAAUAAAUGUACCAGGUACAGUCAGGGCACCCCUUUUAAAAACUACAUGGUUUAUAUGUGGGAAAAAAAUAAUUUUCAUAUUUUGUAGUCACAGGUAAAUGGGUAAAAUAUCAGGAAACGGCAACAGUAAGACCCCCUCCAGCAGGUAAAUACGUUUUAUAACCAACUACAAGUCUCUGGAUUCUAUUAUUUGGGAUUCCCACCUUCUUCUUUGCAAAAAGCGUCAAGUUCUUGCAUGCUUAAAAGAUCUACCUGCAGACUUUCAAUGAAGUUUAAGUCUGGAGACUGUGAAGGCCAUUCCAAAGCCUUCGUUGCUUGAGGCAGUCCGUGGUGGAUUUAAAGGUACGUUUAGGAUCAUUAUCCUGUUGUAGAAGCCACCAUCUUUUCCAUGUGAUAGUUGCCUCCAGAAUUUGCUGGUAUUUAAUGGAUUCCAUUCUUCCCAAUCCCCCAAACCUGAUGGAUCCACCUCCUUAUUUAACAGUUGGCAGGGUGUUCUUUUCAUGGAAUGCUGCUCCUUUUUUCUGCAAACAUACAUGUCAUUCAUGUCAAUCAUGAUGUCUGUUGAAGCCCAUCCGUCUGCUCGACCACCUUCCUGCUUCUUAUUCCUCACACAUCUCCACCUGCCUUCAUCUUCCCCUCUUUCAUUCCUCUCCAUCUUCCUCUUCUUCGCCGCCUUCUGCAUUCUUGAGCGUGCUGGCUUUGCAUGUUGACCUCCUUGUCAGGUCAUCAGCGAGAUGCCAGAGGAAGAUGUAUCAGCUCGAGGAGCAGCCUGCUCCUCUUCCUCAUCUUCAUCAUUGGUGCUGCGGUGAAGCUGAAAGGCUUUCGGCUCUUUCUUGAUUAAUAAUAAAGGAGUCAGAUCAGUCACUUUGCCCCCCCCCCCCGCCCCCACCCUCCCCUGUAAUGAGCUGCAGGAAGACACGGUGCUUCAUAAUGGGUGGAAGUGGGGAGUCCCUUGGGCCAAUGCGGUGUGACCCUCAAGGUGCUCUGUGAUGAUGAUGAUGAUGCUGUGGUGACAAGGAUUCUGCUGCUCAGGUAGCACACAGUUGGUCAGUACAGACUAGGCCUGAUUAAUCCAUCCAUUUUCUAUGGCUUAUCUGGGUCCUGGUCUAGGGAAGUCCGGACUUCCCGUUCUCCAGUCACCUCAUCCCACUCCACUGGGGAGAACACAGACGCAUUCGCAGUGAGACAUAAUCCCUCCAGGGUGUUCUUAUCAGUUCCAGGGCAUCGUCCCGGCUUGGCAUGCCCGGAACACCUCACCAGGGAGGCUUCCAGGAAGCAUCUGGACUAGAUGCCCUCAACUGGCUCCUCAUGGUGUGAAGGAGCUAGUCUCAGCUCUUCCCGGAUGGCCGAGCUUCUCAGCCUAUUUCAGCAAGCUUAUUUUGGCCGCUUGUAUCCGGGAUGUCGUUCUUACGGCCACGACCCAAAUGACCCUCAUGUUUUCUUUUACAUUCAAGUUUUGAACAGAAUUAGUGACAAAAGGCUUGGAGGUCUCCGGAAACGGGGUGAAACCUGUCCUUUGAGGAGUUGCCUACCUCAGGGCAGCCGUUAUUUGAGAAGAUAUAGAUGACAUUAUAUAACGUAUUUUAUAUGUUCAAGGAUACCAUCUUUAGCCUUCAAGAUGGCAGCCAAUGUUGCUUUGUCCACUUUCUCAGCAUUUUACCAAGUCUCAUUUCACUUCAGCUUUCGUUUCUUUGAUAGGCAGCCAUCAGAAGGAUCUGCCUCACGCUUGGGAAUACGUACAUAGUCGACAGGUUACUAUGUAUUCUUCUACAUAAGUCUUAUUUCACAUGCACAUACUGGUUAUCUUUUGCUUUUUGUACACUUAUAAUAACAGAAUUAAUGGAAGUGCUUGUUGUGAAGCCAUCAAAUUCAAACCCAGUUGAGUUUGUCCAGGAUGAAACGCCACAAACUUAAUUGAAAAAGUGUUGUUGUGCAGCCAUAAGACCACAUUUCUUCUUCAGAGCCGCUCUUGUGUUUCCUUGGCCACGUUCCAUUCACCUCUGAAGCAAUUCCUUGUCAAGGAGGCUUUUAACACAGAUGGCAAUUGGCGAGACGACACAAUCACACCCACGGCCCCUCCCCCUCCUGUCAGGUGUCAUGGCAGCUGCCUUAAUUAGUCGUGUGUGAGGGUAAGUAGAGGAGAGCUCGUCCUCGGCAAACGG